AUUCGAGACAAGUAUAUAAACACACCAUCUUUUCCACUGAAGAGUCCACUUCACUUCUUUCAACACAGACAAAACCCGUUAAUGAAGAAAAUGUAGACAAACGUACACCUCAUGAUUCCGAUUACAAGGAUAACAAAUACGAAGAUGACUACUACAAGAAAAAGGAAUACUACACGACGAAGAAAUAUUAA